CGUAGACGUUGAAUUGAAUAGAUAUAGAACACACGUACGUAGGUUGAAAGAAAGAGGAAGGAGAAGAGAGUCCCAUCCAUUGUCCUAAAAACCACACACACAUUCACAACACAACUUCUCCUCCUUCGUGAAGCCAGGCACAGUAGACACGAAAACCCAGUUUCGACGGUCAUGACUCGUUACAACCUUAUAUUCCUGGUUACCCUCAGUGUGGUCGUUUGUUUCACGAUUCGGUGGUUGUUGUUCAAGACGGGGUUGAUACACGCCGUGAAGAAACUCGCGAGAAGGUUUCAAGAUUGGUUCCACGUGUACCAGUUCCUCAAAGUCCCCGAAUUCAACGAAGGCAUGCAGCGGAAUCAGCUUUACCACAGAGUUUCUCUCUAUUUGCAUUCUCUUCCUUCCAUCCAAGACGCUGACUACACCAAUCUCAUUACCGGUUCCAACCAAAACGACAUCGUUUUGCGCCUCGACCCCAACCAAACCAUACAAGACACUUUCCUCGGAGCCACGCUAUUCUGGUUCAACCAAAAAACCCAACCCGACCGGAUUUCAUAUUCUUUCGUUCUCAAAAUAAGAAAAAACGACAAACGCCGAAUCCUCCACCCCUAUCUCCGCCACAUCCACGCCGUCGCCGACGAGAUGGAGAACAAAGGGAAGCGCCAUUUGCGCUUGUACAUGAACGCCGCUGCGGGUGCCGCCCAAACGCGGUGGAGAUCGGUUCCGUUCACUCAUCCGGCGACUUUCGAGACCAUGGCGAUGGAGAAGGAUCUGAAGAACAAGAUAAAGUCGGAUCUGGAAUCGUUCCUCAAGGCGAGGCAGUAUUACCGGAAACUCGGCCGCGCGUGGAAGCGGAGCUUCCUCCUGUACGGUCCCUCCGGCACCGGAAAAUCGAGUUUCGUGGCGGCGAUGGCGAACUUCCUCCACUACGACGUGUACGACGUGGACCUCUCGCGGAUUCACGGCGAUUCGGAUCUGAAGUUCCUCCUCAUGGAAACGACGGCGAAGUCGAUCGUGGUGGUGGAGAAUCUGGACCGCUUCCUGGAAGCGGAAUCGUCGCCGGCGGUGAGCGCCACGGGAAUCCAGAGCUUCAUGGACGGGAUUCUGAGCGCGUGUUGCGGCGAGGAGAGGGUCAUGGUGUUCACCAUGAACAGCAAGGAGAGCGCCGACCCGAGACUGAUUCGGCCGGGUCGGGUCGACGUGCACAUUCACUUUCCGGUGUGCGAUUUCUCGGCGUUCAAGACGCUGGCGAGUAGCUACCUCGGCCUGAAGGAUCACAAGCUGUUCGCGCGGGUGGAGGAGAUUUUCCGCCUCGGCGCGAGUCUCAGCCACGCCGAGAUCGGCGAGUUGAUGAUCGCCAACCGGAACUCGCCGAGUCGGGCCAUAAAAUCGGUAAUCGGGGCCCUGCAAACGGACGGUGAUGGGAGAAGGUUUGGGUACGCGAUCGGACGGCAGAUAGAGUGUGAUGACGUGGACGAAAGGGCGCUUUGUGAUGGGGACGGCUUCCCUACGGUUAAGGAUUCGCGCAAGUUUUACAGUUUCUUCAAGUUGCGCAACGCCAGAAGAACUCAACAAAAGUCCGAUUCCUUGGCCCAUGAAAGAUAAUGACGAGAAAGAAAAAAAAAUUAAUUUUAAGAAAUUCUUUUGUUAAUUUGGGAAUUUUUUUGUUAAGAGAAACGAAAAAUGGCUAAUGCAUUUAUUGGCAGGAUCCUCCCAAUUAAAACUGUUCAUAUUUGAGAUGGGAUGGUUUUAGAUAUAGAUGUAAAAUUAAUGAUAGAACUAAUGCAAAAGAAAACUACCAUUGUAAAGUUUCGUUUUCCAGUUCUGAUGAAUUUCGACUCAUUUGCGUAGAUUUCUUUCACUUUGGAAAAAACAAAAUAAAAGAUGGUCAAAUUUGUUCU